AACUGUUUUAACAUACAACUUAGCCAAUUGAAGCUAUAACUUAUAUACUACACAACACAACAUAAUGGAUCCUCAAAGAAUUAUUGAAUUACAAAGAAGAUAUCAAGCUUCUAAUCAACCAUUAUGGUUAAGAGGUAAACAAUCUAAACUUUUAGUAUACCCAUUCUAUGCUUUAUUCACUGUUGCUACAGUUGUCCCAUUAUUCUAUGCUGGUAGAGCCUUAAUCCAUCCUCAAUUCCAAUGCAUAUCAAUUGACACUCAAUAA